UUAUUUGGAGAAAGAAGCAUGGAUAUUCUGCGCCCUCAGCUCCUAAGAAUUGAUGGACGAAUUUACAGGAAGAAUCCUGUCCAAGAACAGAUCUAUCAACAGGAAAAGGACGAGGAGGACGUCUAUGAAGGCUCCGUGGAGUGUGCAGAGGAAACCUGUGAAGCCAAUGUGGUGAUGCAGACCCAGCAAGGUUUCCAGUGUACCAUGAGGACCCCCAGCCUGCUCUACAAGCAUAUAGUGGGAAAGAGAGGGGACACCAAGAAGAAACUAGAAACGGAGACCAAAACUUCUAUUAGCAUUCCUAAACCUGGACAUGAAGGAGAUAUUGUUAUCACUGGCCAGCAUCGAAACGGUGUCGUGUCAGCCCGAACCCGGAUUGAUGUUCUUUUACAUACGUUUAGAAAGAAGCAACCCUUCACUCACUUCCUUGCCUUUUUCCUCAAUGAAGCUGAGGUCCAGGAACGAUUCCUGAAGUUCCAGGAGGAAGUUCUGGAGAAGUGCUCCAUGGAUCGUGGGGUUGAUCGCAGCAUUUUCCAGAAUCCCAGCAAGCUUCACUUAACUCUUGGGAUGUUGGUGCUUCUGAGUGAGCAAGAGGUUCAGCAGACGUGUGAGCUGCUACAGCAGUGUAAACAGGAGUUCAUCGACAAUAUUUCUAAGGGCAAACCCCUGGAAGCAGAGAUGGCAGGGAUAGAAUACAUGAACGAUGAUCCUGGAAUGGUGGACGUUCUUUAUGCCAAAGUCCAUAUGAAAGAUGGCUCCAACAGGCUUCAGGAAUUAGCUGAUCGAGUGUUGGAGCGUUUUCAUUCAUCUGGACUAACAGUGAAAGAGUGGAAUACUGUGAAACUCCAUGCUACAGUCAUGAAUACGUUGUUCAGGAAAGACCCCAAUGCUGAAGGCAGGUACAAUCUUUCCACACCAGAUGGCAAACAUAUCUUCAAGGAAAGAGAAUCAUUUGAUGGCCGGAACAUUUUAAAGCUAUUUGAGAACUUCUACUUUGGUGCCCUGAAGCUCAAUUCAAUCCACAUCUCUCAGAGAUUCACAGUAGACAGCUUUGGAAACUACGCUUCCUGUGGACACAUUGACUUCUCCUGA